CGUCGGCGCCGCGCCAUGGACGCUCGGCGAGCGGAGGUCCGCGCUUUGGAGGCCGAGAUCGCGGCCCUGCGGCGCGCGUGCGAGGAGCCGCGGGCGCCGGGGGAAGACACCUCGCGAGCGCGAAAAUCCCUUCAAGAAAUACAUCAGUCAGAUACUGGAGAAUGGGCCGCUUCAAAAGAUCUGAGAGGUCAUCUUGGACAUUUAGAAUCAGAACUUCUUUUUCUAAGCACACUUACUGGCAUCAAUAUAAUAAAUUACUCCAUGAAAACGGAGGACCUAACAAGCACUGAGAAUACAGAAAAGAGUAUAAAGAAAGUCCUGCAGAGACACAGGUUAUCAGGAAAUUGCCACAUGAUUACAUUUCAACUUGAAUUUCAGAUUCUGGAAAUCCAGAAUAAGGAGAGUUUAUCUUCUGUUAUUACUGACCUCAACAUAAUAAUGGAGCCCACCGAAUAUUCAGAAUUAAGUGAAUUUGUGUCUAGAGCAGAAGAUAGAAGAGAUCUAUUGAUGUUUUUCCGAAGCCUACACUUUUUUGUGGAGUGGUGUGAAUAUCGUAAGUGCACAUUUGAACACUUCAAGGAGAAGUACUCAGAAGCUGUGCGCCUCCCGGAGGGGGCCGCCUCCAGCUGCAUGGUGGUCCAGAGCCCCCGCCAGCCCGGGUUUGAGCUCGUAAUCGUUUGGAGGAUACAAAUAGAUGAAGAAGGGAAGGUUUUGCCGAAGCUGGAUCUUCUCACCAAAGUGCCACAGCAAGCCCUGGAGCUGGACAAGAACCGAGUCCUGGAAACUGCCCCCCUCGGCUUCCGGGCCCUGCUGGGCGUGCUGGGCAUUGAAGCCGCUCUAGAGAGCCUGAUUACGUCGCUCUGCGUGGGGGAAAACCACUAGUUCCUGGCAAACACGCAGGUGUGUGAUUUUAUUCAACGUAAAUAGCUGCUGUUUCCCACACAGAAGCCACGCCUUUAGGACACAUGGUCUGUGCAGUUACGCCCAUCAUAAACACACUGUCGGGACGGGGGGAAAAAUAAACACGGCUAUUUGAAUACAAGAUCCAGCA